AUGAAAGAUGCAACAUAUGCCUUCCAGCGGGAUGUCUACGCCGACUUGGAGUCCCUUUUCUUGAAGAGGUUCACCAACGAUGUCGGCUACUUGCCGGACGGGACCCCGCUUAACAAAGCGGGCAACGCUAUCAAUCACCCGGAGACGAUUGCCGCGGACAAGCACAUGGCUGGAUCCCCACUUCCCCGCGCUAAGUUUGUGAAUUCCGUUGGAUACCUCCCCGAUGGAACGCCGCUGAAUGCGGCUGGCAAUGCCAUCAACCAUCCUGAGACCAUGCAGCCGGACCCUCAUUCGCCAGGCUCCCCCUUGCCGCCUUCGUCCUACCUCGCGGACAUCGGUUACCUGGCUGACGGCACGCCCCUGGCCACUGCGGGGAACAACUCCGUGAAGGGCGCUCCGGCAACACCACCACCUGCAGCUGCGGCUGCUUUCGUGGGCUCCAGUGUUCCUUCCCCACCGCCCAUGGCCGCGUCCGCUCCGCCACCCACCGCUGCCCCAACCAGCCAGGGAACAGCCAUGUAUGGCCGCAAGUUUGAGUACAGCUUCCAGAAGGAUGCCUACGCGGAGUUGGAGUUCUGCAACGAUGUGGGUUACCUGCCGGAUGGCACUCCGCUGAACCGCGCAGGAAAUGCCAUCAACCACCCGGAGAACAUCGGCCCUGACCGCCAUGCUCCUGGAUCUCCCUUGCCCCGUGCCAACUUCGUAAAUGCGGUUGGCUACCUUCCGGACGGCACGCCGCUGAACCGUGCAGGCAAUGCCAUCAAUCAUCCUGAGAGCAUCCAGCCUGACAUGCACACCCCGGGUGCACCUUUGCCAGCCUCCGUUUAUGCCGCUGAUGUCGGUUACUUGGUGGAUGGAACCCCGUUGGACACUGCCGGCAACAACUCUGUGAAGGGCGCUGCGGCAACACCACCACCUGCAGCUGCGGCUGCUUUCGUGGGCUCCAGUGUCCCCUCUCCUCCACCCAUGGCUGCCUCCGCUCCGCCACCCACCGCUGCCCCAACCAGCCAGGGAACAGCCAUGUAUGGCCGCAAGUUUGAGUACAGCUUCCAGAAGGAUGCCUACGCGGAGUUGGAGUUCUGCAACGAUGUGGGUUACCUGCCGGAUGGCACUCCGCUGAACCGCGCAGGAAAUGCCAUCAACCACCCGGAGAACAUCGGCCCUGACCGCCAUGCUCCUGGAUCUGCAUUGCCCCGUGCCAACUUCGUAAAUGCGGUUGGCUACCUUCCGGACGGCACGCCCCUGAACCGUGCAGGCAAUGCCAUCAAUCAUCCUGAGAGCAUCCAGCCUGACAUGCACACCCCGGGUGCACCUUUGCCAGCCUCCAUUUAUGCCGCUGAUGUCGGGUACCUGGUUGAUGGCACGCCGCUGGAGUAUGCUGGAAACAACUCGGUCGGACUGAGAGAGCUGGCCUCUUGCCGGUCUGGCCGUAAUACCUGGAAAAUUCCCGGAUUGAUCAAGCUUGCUGUGUGA